UAAACUGUCCCAGCCGAGCCGUUGCAAUGGCCAUCUGCAGCGCCGCCGCCACCGCUCCGGUGACGCAGUCGGCGGCGGAGGACUGUCGCCGGCAGUACGGCCCCAGCGUGUGGGGCGACUUCUUCAUCUCCUACGAGCCGUGCACGCCGGAGGAGCUCCUGUCCAUGCAGGAGAAGGCGCGCGCCUUGAAGGAGGAGGUGAGGCGGAUCGUGCUGGCUGCCGCCGCCGCCGCCGCCGCCUCCGACGACCACGACCUGGUGCGGAAGCUGGAGCUCGUCGACGCUCUGCAGCGGCUCGGAGUGGAUUACCACUUCAAGAAGGAGAUCGAUGUCUUGCUGCUUGCUGUUUACGGCGACGAGGAUGGAGGAUCUAACGACCUCUACGUCGCCUCCCUGAGGUUCUAUCUGCUCAGGAAGCAUGGGUACAUCGUCAGUUCCGAUGUGUUUCUCAAGUUCAGAGAUGAGCAAGGACACAUUUCGAGCGACGAUGUCGGCACCUUGACGACGCUGUACGAUGCCGCGCAUAUGAGGGUUCAUGGGGAGGACAUACUCGACAACAUCAUCGCCUUCAAUAAGAGCCGCCUCCAGUCUCUGCUGAUGAAAGCAAAUUUGGAUCCAGCUCUACUAGAGGAGGUAAGGGUGACAUUGGAGACAACUCGAUUCAGGAGGGUCGAGAGAGUGGAAGCGAGGCGCUUCAUCUCGGUGUACGAGAAGAAGGCGGUGCGAGAUGAUACCAUACUGGAGUUUGCAAAGCUCGACUACAACAUCGUCCAAGUUGUCUACUGCAACGAGUUGAAAGAACUUACUAUAUGGUGGAAGGAUCUCCGAUCACGGGUGGAUCUGACCUUUUCAAGGGAUAGAUUGGUGGAGAUGCAUUUUUGGAUGAUGGGGAUUGUUUAUGAGCCUCAUUACUCGUAUGCACGGAUAAUGCUUACAAAGCAGGUCCUAUUUAUGGCGUUGUUGGAUGACAUCUAUGACAACUAUAGCAGCACAGAGGAGAGCAACAUCUUUACCUCGGCCCUAGAGAGGUGGGAUGAAAAGGCCGCGGAACAAAUCCCAGAAUACCUGAGGCCCUUCUUCACAAAUGUGAUUCGCUGUACCGAUAAGGUCACAGGGGAGUUAAAACUUCAGAAUAACAAGCAUGCCGAGGUGGUAAAAGAAAUGGCACUUCACGUUGCCAAAUCCUACCACGCUGAGGUCACAUGGCGUGAUGAACACUACGUACCUGCCGAUGUUGACGAGCAUCUGCAGAUCUCGUUGGGAAGCAUUGCAGCUAUGCAAACCGUCGUCCUCACCUUCGUUUCUCUUGGAGAUGUGACUACUAGAGAGGCGAUUGACUGGGCUUUGACCUAUACGAAAAUCGUCAGAGUCGGCAAACACUAG